AAACGUACGAAAAAGGUUGGGGUGACUGGGAAGUAUGGAACACGAUAUGGUGCUUCCCUUCGAAAACAAGUAAAGAAAAUGGAAAUCACACAGCACGCCCGGUACACCUGUACCUUCUGUGGCAAGGAUGCUAUCAAGCGGACGCAUGUGGGUAUAUGGAAAUGUCGAGGCUGCAAGAAGUCUAUUGCUGGUGGUGCCUGGACGGUGUCUACUACGGCGGCUGCCACUGUGCGAAGUACCGUUCGCCGCCUGCGAGAGCUGACAGAAGCCUGA